AUGUGUAUCGCUUUUUUCUACUUGGCCCCCGAGAAGGAUGACUCGGGGCCGGUGGCCCUCAUUUUGGUCAUGAACCGGGACGAGGAUCUGCGACGACCCACCGAGCCGGCCCGUUGGCUUGGACAUGAUCCGCCCAUCCUGGCUGGACGAGACUUGACUGAGGGCCGAGAAGGUGGCACUUGGUUGGGUUUAGAGAAGCGCACCGGCAAACUGGCCUUUUUGACCAAUAUGUACACGGGUGAGGCUUUAAACCCGCAAGCCCAUGGUCGAGGUCAUUUGGUGACCGACUUCUUGAACAGCCCUCAAUCAGGAACCGAUUACUUGAACGGCAUUUUCCGGACCGAUAAGUUGUUCAACCCUUUCAAUCUUGUUACGAUGGAUUGGGAUGGCUAUGCGGGGCGGUAUCAAGCCCAAUACUUUCGACCUACCCAAGCCCCUAACUCGUUAUGCUCCGGUUUUCACGGUCUGAGUAAUCAUCCUUACACUCAACCGUUUUUAAAAACCGAACGAGGUCUGUCUCAAUUUCAAUCGUUGGUCGCCGAGGCUCAGGAUGGAAAACGCGAUCGAAAAGCAUUGGUGGAGGCUUUGAUUACCAUGCUGCAUCAAAAAGAGCGCCAUGUACCCGAUGAACAGAUGAAACGGCAGGCGGGACCUGAUGCGGAGCCCCAUGAUUGUUUGGGUUCGAUAUUUGUCGAAAGCCCCAAUGGUGAAUAUGGUACCCGAGCUCAAACCGUGAUCAUCGUGAAUAAAAACGGCAAAGUCUACUUUCAAGAACGGGCUAGAAGUGCUGAAGAGGACUGGUCGAGUCAUGAAUUUGAAUUUACCAUUGGCGAAUAA